CAGUCUUGGAGAUUUCCAGAAAGCCGUUCAGUGUUAUGAGAACAGUGUUGUAGCCUUCGACCACAUUAGGAGAAAUCUCAUAUCUAACGACGAAUGGAAGAUUACCCUUAAAAGUACGUAUGAUCAGAUUAAUUUGAGGCUGUGGGAGCUGCAGUUUAAGGAAGGUAAAGUCAUUGAUGCACUUUUAACUGCUGAUCAAGGACGUGCACGGGCUUUGAAUGAUCUUCUGGAGUUCAAGUAUGGCCUUAAAGGGCUACACCCAGAAAUAGGAAUACUUUCUGCAAGACCAAGUGACUUUGCUAGUUACUUACCACCAAAUACGGUAUUCAUCGGUAUCAGAGAGGGAGAAAUAGUUCUCUGGGUGAACGAAAAGGGAAAUGAAAUCAAAACUAGAAGAACUGUGAUCGAUAUCUCAACCUAUCUCAAUAUCACAAACUAUUUUCAGUGUCUUUUGGAAACUACACAUGAAGAAAUAGGUUUGAAAGCUGAUGUUAAUUGUGAAGAUCGUUCAUUGAGGAACCCAAGAGAUAAACAGUUAGCAGAAGAAAGAUCCAGUGAGCCAAGGCCUAAUUCCUCAUCUUUUGAGGAGACAAAGUCAUUACAAACAUUGUACAAUGUUGUUAUAGGCCCCAUAAGAGACUUACUCGACGACGAUGAAAUUGUGAUUGUUCCAGAAGGACCUCUGUGUUUGGCGCCUUAUGCCGCUUUUAUGGACAUGAAAUCAAAGUACCUCUGCGAAACUUUCAGAAUUCGUCUGCUCCCCUCGCUUUCUAGUCUUCGAUUAAUACAAAAUUGUCCAGCAGACUGGCACAGCAAGACUGGCGCUCUUCUCGUCGGCGAUCCGUGGGUACAGGAGGUAACGACGCUAGAGCAGUUAGCAUGGGCCGAAAAAGAAGUGCAGAUGAUUGGGGAAAUUCUUCACACUGUACCUCUCGUUGGAAAGCAGGCAACAAAAGAUGAAGUUUUGAGACGUAUCUCCUCUGUUGCUUUGGUGCAUAUUGCUGCUCACGGUGAAAUGGAAACAGGAGAAAUUGCCUUGGCCCCUAACACAACGCGUUCAUCCGUAAAUCCAGCAAGGGAGGACUAUCUUUUAACUAUGAAAGAUGUUUUAGAUGCGCAGAUAAGGGCAAGACUUGUUGUACUUAGUUGUUGUCAUAGUGCUCGGGGAGAAGUCAAAUCUGAGGGCGUGGUCGGCAUCGCACGGGCUUUUUUGGGUGCUGGUGCUCGAGCUGUUCUGGUGUCCCUGUGGGCGAUCGACGACAAAGCUACUAUGGAGUUCAUGAAAGUUUUCUACCAAGAACUAGUCCAUGGACGAAGUGCCAGUGAGGCCCUGGAUAAAGUUAUGAAAUCCAUGAGAGAAUCUGACGACUUUAGCGCAGUGAAGUACUGGGCGCCUUUUGUUCUCAUUGGUGAUGACGUAACGCUCGAGUUUGAAGGCAUCAAUUAA